CUCCUGAAACACGUCCAGGGUGAGCCUGAACUCCUCACAGGUUCUCCGCUCUCCGCGGGACAGGAUGGAGGACACAAUCUGCCGUGAACGCACCGCACAAGCCGCUUCAAGGUCUGCUCGUUCUUUGGAAGUUCUGUGCGUCUUUUGACAACUUAUUGAGUCGGGAUAUCCCAUCCCCUGUACAUACAGUUUUGGAACUUGUUUGCACCAUGCAGAGUGUUGGGCUCCCCGGGGGUUCAUCCACAGAGCUGUAGCCUCUGCCCCCCCACACACCGCGGAGCUGUCAGUGUGUUUGGAGCCUCAUACAGUCUAUGGUUUGGAGAGGAGGACUGAACACUGAACACGAUGCAGACCCGAUUACCAAGCGGUGCUGCCCCCCCUGAAAAUGUGCAACACGUUCCCACUCGGACACACCGUCCCACUGCCCGACAGUAACCGUGCCUGGAGGUGUGCACCCGGAUCUGGAUCUGGAUCUAUCUGAAUCAUGUUCCUGCUGUGGGUCCCCCUCACCCUGUUUCUCAGCUUCAUCGUUUCUCAGACGUGGAGCGUUCAGAUGUCGUGGGAUAACUGGAACGCCGACCUGCGCAACCGGGAGAAGGAGUUUGAGAAGCCGAGCUCCCCGCCGCACAUCAUCUUCAUCCUGGUGGAUGACCAGGGCUUCCGGGAUGUGGGGUACCACGGCUCCGAGAUCAAAACCCCGACUUUGGACCGGCUGGCAGCGCAGGGGGUCAAACUGGAGAACUACUACGUGCAGCCGCUCUGUAGCCCGUCCCGGAGCCAGCUCAUGACCGGCAGGUAUCAGAUCCACACAGGCCUUCAGCACUCCAUCAUCCGGGCUACCCAGCCCAACUGCCUGCCCCUGGAAAAUGUCACCUUGCCCCAGAAGCUAAAGCAAGCAGGCUACUCCACCCACAUGGUGGGGAAGUGGCACCUGGGCUUCUACAAGCGUGACUGUCUCCCCACACAGCGUGGCUUCGAUACUUUCUUUGGUUCCCUUCUUGGAAGUGGGGACUACUACAGUCACUAUAAAUGUGAAGGGCCUGGAAUGUGUGGCUAUGAUUUGUAUGAAGGCGAGGAGGCAGCUUGGGAACAGGACCGUGGAUUGUAUUCAACUGUGAUGUUUACCCGAAAGGCUAUCAACAUCUUAGCCAAUCACGAUCCUCGCAGACAACCCUUGUUCCUCUAUUUAGCCUAUCAGGCGGUUCAUUCGCCGCUGCAGGUUCCGGCCCGCUACCUUGAGCGCUACAAGGGGAUUCCAAACAUGCAUCGUCGUAAAUAUGCCGCCAUGGUGUCGUGCCUGGACGAAUCUAUCCACAACCUCACGUUAGCGCUAAAGCGCUACGGUUAUUAUGACAACACGGUUAUAGUGUACUCCUCAGAUAAUGGAGGCCAGCCUUUAGCAGGUGGAAGCAAUUGGCCUUUGAGGGGAAGUAAAGCCACCUACUGGGAAGGGGGGAUCCGGGCAGUGGGUUUCGUUCAUAGUCCACUGUUGGUAAACAAAGGGACAACAUGUCGGUCUUUGGUCCACAUCACUGACUGGUUCCCUACACUGGUGACUCUGGGUGAAGGGACUUUAGACGAAGAUCUAAAUCUGGACGGGUACGAUGUUUGGGAGGCCAUCAGUGAAGGCCAUCCAUCUCCUCGCCAUGACAUCCUUCACAACAUUGACCCAAUCUACACAAAAGCUAAAAAUGGUUCCUGGAAGGCCGGGUAUGGUUUAUGGAACACGGCCAUCCGAGCUGCGCUGCGAGUGGGCCACUGGAAGCUCCUGACGGGGGUCCCUGGUUACAGCGACUGGGUGCCCCCGCAGACCUUCUCCAACCAGCGGCUAACAAACCGCUGGCAUAAUGAGCGCAUCCGUUGGGACCGGGGUAAGUCCAUCUGGCUGUUCAACAUCACAGCUGACCCCUACGAGAGAGUGGACCUGUCCCAGCGAUACCCCCACUUAGUGAAGAAGAUGCUGCUACGGCUAGCGCAGUACAACAGGACUGCAGUGCCGGUACGCUACCCGGCCAAAGACCUGCGCUCUAAUCCUCAGUACAAUGGGGGUGUGUGGGGCCCCUGGUACAAAGAGGAGAGGGAGGAACCAGAGGAAGAUGAGAGAUACAAUAACUUGCUCACCAACCACCUUGGAAAAAGGAGGUGGAAAAAUCAAUCAAAUAACAGAAAGCUGAAAAUGAAGGUAGAAGAGUAGCCUACCACAUUUGUGAAAAAAACUUCAGUUGCCUUUCUCAGGGAUUGACACUUCCUGCCUCAGGAUUGUCCUCUUCGGAUGAUCUUACUCUAGCUAGUUUGAACUUGAUUCCACUACAUACUGUAUGAAAAAUAAUGCAAAUGGACCUAUUGAAAUGUGUCAAGAGAAUAAGAAAAAUAUCCUCUCAUUCAAACACUGGCGUCAUGCCCAGACACAACUAAGACCUCAUGUUAAUGUUAGGAGCAUUUAAAGAAUGAUCCUUUCUUCUAGAUUGUUUUGCAUGUUUGAACUGUUGUCACCUUUUGAUUGUUCUGUAGAUUUAUGUCCCAAUAAAUGUUCCUAGACAGUUGCCAUACAUUUUGGUGACAGAAAAUAGAGUAAGACAUAGUUCUAUUAUGUUGUUGAUAGCUACGAUACAGUAUCGUGGAAACAGAUUGAUGUGAUGUUAUGUGUGUUUGAAUUGAUGUAUGUUGGUUUUAUAAGCACAGUCUAAAACUUUAGAAUAAUAGAUUUAGGUCCCUUUUAGAUGAUGUCUGGUCUGGCAUAAGGCCAACCCGAAUGUAAGACAAGCUAACAAAAUAAAAGCCCCGGACACAAA